UUUACUUACAGUGGCAGCACUGUAAGUAACCACAACAUUGAACAGAUGUUCAUUUUGGCAUAUUGAAAAAAUCACGUACGGAUUUUAUUUAUUGGUGCAAAACUUUUCUUUUACCGAGAGAAAUUGUUCCAAACGAAAAUUGGUGAGGAUGUCCUCGCUAUUUGUAAAAAUACUGCGGCAGGCGUUCAAAACAUUCGAUCAAUCGAAUAAAGCCACCUUCAAUACGAAUUUCGCGCUGCUGAAGCAAUUAACGGAACAAUUGACAAUUCGCGACAUACAAAUUCAGCCGCAACAAUUCGAGGCGAUAUUCAGGAAACCCGGACGUGCACCAUGUACAUAUGUGCAUAUUUUCGAAAACGACAUAGUGUCCAUGAGUGUAUUUGUGAUGCGUGAAGGUUAUACAAUGCCAUUACAUGAUCACCCCUGCAUGCAUGGACUAUUACGCGGUCUUUUCGGAAAGUUGAAAGUGCAAUGUUAUACAAAACAACCGUUAAAAUCAAGCGAACCGCUGUAUGACCCCAACUCGCUGGAGGUUUAUGGGUACGCAAAUGAACCGAAAUUCGUUGAUCCAAAUUCGGAAUGCGCAACGUUAACACCCACCGAACGCAAUUAUCAUGAAAUUACAGCAGUUGGCGGCAUGGCAGCAUUCUUCGAUAUACUUGGUCCGCCAUAUGAAGCGGCUAUACCCAUAUAUGGUAGACGACGUUGUGGCUUUUAUCGUGUUACUGGUGCAAAGGCACUGACUAAUGUAGCCUCCAACGCCGGCAUAUUUGAAAAACAACAAUUACCAUUAAUGUGUUUGCAGCGCAUACCAGCACCGAGAAGCUACUAUUGUGAUACUGUUGAGACACCUGAAGAGGUGCUUAAUUGCACUUAUCUCUUCUCCGAUGAGGAGUACAGUUUAACGUAGUUAUAUUUAUAAACGGGAAUGAUAAUGCCAAAUUUUAAUUUAACUUAGGUAUAUGUAUGUAUGUUAAGUAAUCGAUGUAAUCCCUUUCGACUUAAAAAAAGCGAUAUUUUCAUACUGUGCUAGAUAUUUUUUGCUUUAAUAGUAUGUAGAGUCCAGACUGUUUAAACAAACAUCACACGUACAGUUGAUGUUUUCAUUGUUGAUGUUAAGCAUUAAAAUAAGUAUGAUUUAAAAUAAACUGACUUGAUUUAAAAACGAAAAA